AUGAAGAACAUAUGUGAGGCAGGCACGUCUAUGGGUGGAAAUAAGGGUCCAGAGCUGCCGUCGUUUGCCUCGCCAGUUUGCAAACAUUGCAGCUCAAGGACCCUAACCUGUCGUUGUCCUUGUGCGACUUCCCCAGGUCCACGACGCGUCUUCGAGUGUUUGGCGACCGAGAACCAGGGCCCCGGAGCCAUGUACGGCUGGGUUAUUGCCGACGUGCUUUUGGCUCUGGCUUUACAAGUCUACCUUACGGUUAAUGUUACGCGAGCGCGACGCCGUUUCGGCAUUGAAUGCCCCGAUGUGUACGCUAUAAAAGGAGUAACAGGCCGUACAAGGUUUUCGGGGGAUGCCGACGUCAUGCUACUGCGGUUGUCUGACCAGGAGUGCGAAGUAUUCAAUUGCUACCAGCGCGCCCAUCUGAAUACCCUGGAGUCGUAUCCCAUUUUCCUUGCACUUCUAUGCCUUGGCGGUCUCCAAUAUCCGUCUGCGUGCGCCAUCGGAGGUUUCAUCUUUUUACUUGGACGCCUAUUCUACGCCUUCGGAUACUAUACAGGCCACCCAGAGAAACGGAUGUGGGGAUCCUUCGGUAUCAUCGGCCUCGCAAUAUGCGCUUUAUCGACACUGGCUUUUGCUCUGAACUUGGCAACUGGGGGGGCUACCGCGUCAAACGGCACGGUUCUAAGUGUGUUUCCUUCGCCAUCGCCUUCUGAGUCCACUGGUGACGUUGACAUGCUACUUCCUAACUAA